AUGAGGACGAUAAAGUGCCGCUUCGUGGUGCUCCUGUUGGCCCUGCUUUGCCUCGCCUGCGUUGGACUUGGAGUUAGAGCAGCACCCAUUGGCGAGCAUGUGGAUCAUGCUGGCUGCAUUCGGAUAACGAUAGUCAAGCGGCCACUGGCGACGACCCCAACAACGACAACGACGACGACCACCACCACCACCACCACCUCAACGACAACGGCGGCCACCACAGUAGCCACUGGCUGAAGAUGCAGAUGCGAUGGAAUUCGAAUUAGAUUUCUGUAUUCGAAUGAAAUAAAAGCCCAAGCGGAAGGCGGAAUCAUGUUAA